AUGGCAACGUCUGCCAAACCCAGGGGGCGUGUUCUCAAUCAGUUGAGCACGACGUUGAAGGCAGCGGCGGCGACCGCGGCAGCAAACAACUCCACCAGCGCGAGCGUCGACGAUGGCGACGACAACGAUCUUGCAUACGUGCCCAAGGUGGAUCCGGGAGAGAUACGGUUGUAUUCAUACUUUGCCCCGGGCCUGGAAGCUGGAGGGCAUUCCAUUGAUGUGGUCCAGAAUAUCACUGCACCCCAUGGCUCAGCCAAACCCGAGGACCAACUCAUCUUGACGAGUCACCAGGAAUUCGAAGUCUAUGCGCCGCGCUUUGCCCUUCCACCAAACUCGGUCCACCAGGUCUACCCACCUCAAGGACAUUCUGAUCACAGCGUGGUCCUCCCGCACAUAGUGUUCAAUGAUCCACACCUGCCAUGGGAGCAAAUCGGGUCUCCGAGAGAAAAUAAUAAAGAAUCAGCGGGGAACAACAAUCCGCCUCCUCGUAACAAGACGCCAUGGCUAGCCUUGUUUACGUUCACCGAAGACGAACUGCGGCUCAGUGACCAGGAACUUGGCCGAGUUGCUAACGGCGGCCUCUUUCCCGAUAAAUGGAAAUCAUUGGAUUUGCAACAGUCCAAAACAACAAUGUCCAUCACUCUCCCACUGAGCAAAGUCCUCGACUUGGACACGUGGAUGCCAGGCACCCCAAGAUCCUCUCAAAAGAUCGAAACCCCUGUCCGUGAUGACGACCCGGACGACCCAAUAAUACCAAAAUCAGGAAGUGGUGGCUCGGCGUCCGACUCUGGAAAAGAGCCCACAGCAGAUAUGAUUUUCAUGCCGCCGGAUCUCUUCCACUCGUUAUUCUGUGACUAUAGCGCAAGUUACAACAAGGUGUUUCCGGACGAUGCUGUGCCUGUGCUCGACCGAUACAAAUACCUGGCUCAUGUUCGCCAGGUGAACACUUGCAACAUGUCCAGCCUCGGGGCUGAUGAUGAGCAAGGCCUUUUCAGCGCUGUCAUAUCGCACCGAUGCGGCCCCACGCAAGGAACCCCGCGGCAAAUCAUAGUCUCAGACCCUAGAGUCGCACCACCCUCCGGUCCAUCGUUCAAGAAUUCACCCGCUAUCGCACUGCCAAAGUCGACAAUUGUCCAUCUAGUGUCACUGAAAGGCGUAGAAGACUAUGUCAGGAUCCCUACCAUAUCAUCUCGCGUGGGGCUCGUUUCUCUCUAUUCCUGGACGUACACUACAUUGCCCCCAGAUAACAUUAAUUUUGUGGAUGCAAUGCGAUUGGUAGGGUCACGAAUCCCGCAGCCGUUGCGAGCACUGGACCCUGUGAUAAACAGUGUCAAAGCUGCCGAUAAAGACGAUCCCUCGCACGCCGCAUCCGCCAGACUUCAACAACGACUAACAGAUGGUUAUUCGAUGGUGCGAUACCUUACAGAGACGGGCGAAUCAACAGCUGCGUUCUUCCGCGGCCCUUUGACACCAAAUUUGCCGCCUCAUCCCCUCAACGACGCGUGGCCAUCGCAAACCAACUUCUCUAGUGCUUUGCAAAUCCUCGACUCGUCUUUGGGAAUCAUGGAUAUCACUUACUCCUCGGCCUGGGAGCUUGGCCGAACCUUAGCGAUUGCCGAUCGGGGCUACACGGCUGCAAUUGCAAGAGUUCGAACAGUAGUCAACACGCAAGCGGUAAACGAGACGAAGAAAGCAGGCACCGGCAGCGACCCUACGCGUGCUGCGGUAGUCGGCGGUCUUGAGACUGCUGUUGACCUGAUCAAAAACAUCUCCCGUGGGCUUGCUGAUGGUAGUCGCACAAUCGAUCCUGCCAAACGGUGGCGAACGAGCACUGCUGCCUCGGCACCCGCCAGUACACCUCAAGAUACCAGCCGGUUGUUUGAUACCCAUGUCCAUGCCGCAAUGGAGAAGGUCGCUUCCGCAGUGCCAGCGGCCGACGCCACGAGCGACACGCCAUCCCAGCACUUUAACGAAGCAAACAUUCCAAGCUCCCCGGACUGGGCCACCAUGGUCAAAUGGAUUGUAGACAAGCUGUACCUCUACGGCAUUCCUGCGCACUAUCUUAUCACCGAGCAGUCACACCUGCCACCAGAAUCGAUCAGGUUUUUCUACAUUGACCCAACCUGGACUGAUGCGUUCAUCGACGGCGCGUUGAGCAUAGCAAAUCAAAUUGACAACCCUGACGAUGUUGUACGCCAGGCUAUGAAAAACCAACUUAACAACUACUUUGCCUCGGUCGACAAAACUCUGCUCCCACGCCCUCAGCAAAUUCCAACGUACGGCUUCUUUCUGCGUAGCGCUGUGGUGCAGGCAUUCCCCAACUUGCAAAUCCACGCCCCGUGGACGAAGAACGGAGACGGCAAACUAGAAGUCGUACGGCAAGACGUCCUUGAUAAGGACUUAAUGCUGUGCCUCCUGGACCGCAUUCCAGGGGACCAGUCCUUGAGCAGCUUGACGAUCUCACAGCCACCUCAUCAACAGCGGUUUGCCGCGGGUGUCAAUCUUGGUGUGGAAGACAAAUCAAAACCCGACCCCCACGACGGUCUCAAAGACAAAACAAAUUUCCUUGAGAUUGAGUUCAAUCGAGUCUAUACCGUGGAUAACAUCAACGAUCCUGACUUUGGCGACCCGAUCGACAUACGGCUGUGGGGAGAGGGUCAAGGCGAGAUACCAAUCACGCGCCAGACAAAAACUGGACCAGUGUCGAACAAAUUGCCAAAACCAAAUCCCCCGGUCGUUUUGACUGGGAAAACAAUACCCUCGUUAUGA